AUGUAAACUAGACCAUACCAGUCAACGCAACAUUACAAGCAGCGACAUUUGUGAAGCUCGGGAUGUAUUUUAAGUAUCCAAAGUUAUCAGAAACGUCAGAUGUGUAAUAACAUAGUGUUGAUCUUUGAUUCUAAGAAUGUCUCAUACUUUUAUCACUCAGCAACAAUUGUCAAUAUGACGUAGGACAUACAAUAAAGACAAAUUAUUAGAACAAAGCGCAGUCGCAUACUUUACAAAUUCGAUUUCAGGUGUCGCAUUGCUCAGAAAAUUUAUAAUUACAUUAAAUGUGUGUUAAAAAAGCUGAAUGAGCUCUAAUGUGUGUUGUUUAAGUGUAAAGCAAAUUAAAGAUGAGUUUGGUGUGUUGGAAUAGGAGCAAUUGGUGUCAGUAGACGAGAAAUCAAAGUUGACGAAGCUAUUCAACUUGUAAAAUAAUUAUGUUAACGAUAACGUACAUUCAAACGUCAUCAGUGUACGGUCAUACAACUUUAAAUAUCACCGGAAAAGGUAACUGCUCCGAUUCCAACGUUUAGUAUUAAUGGAGUAGUUAAAACAGUCACGUCAAACCUUAAUAAUCUUUGACACCUUGGUAUUAUUAAACUCAAGUGCCGCGCCUACAUGGUAUAAUAAUUGUUUUACUUCUAUUUGCUAACCUUAAAAUCAGAGUAAUUGUUUAAAUAAUUAAGAAAUCUUUGUAACAAACAUGGUUGAAGUGACUAAGUGUUUAAUAGAGAGAAAUAACCUCUCUUUUCACGACAAAAUAUCGUAAAAUAGUUUCUCCAUUUUUUUAUUGUAAUGCAGCGAGGCCAGUUGAAGGACAUCUCGUCCUGGAUGGCUCGGUUGCUGCCAGAGCCAUUCGACAACUUUACCAAGGCUGAUACAUUAAAAAUGUUCAAUUCCAAGUCUUCUACAUCAACCAGCAAAUUUUACACUGAUCUAGAAGUAACUGAAAAUGAAGAUUCAACAUCAAACACUACAUCAUCAACAUCUAUAGCCCAAGAAUCACCAAAAACUAAUUCAAGAGAUUCAUCAGAAAGACAAAGCGCUGCUAGUGAAGAUGGAAAUUCACAAGACUCUGAUUCUGUUACAGGAAUCGAAGAUCAACAACAGCAAUUUACAAGUCAUUCCUUUCAUAGAAUUGCAAGUUUUGGUGGUUUUCCAAGAUUCCAAUCAUUUGUUAUGUCUACUUCAAGCCCUAAUGAGUGUACUACUAUUAGCAGAACAGAAGAAACAACGUCAAUUGUCCAAAUGAGUCAUAGUGUUUUGGAAUAUAGGAGCAGCAGAUACGUAACAACGAAGAGAAGUUCUAAUCAGUAUACAGUAGAGUCUUAUGCUGUGAGCGAAUCAGAAAGUGAAGAAGAGUCUGAAGAAACACGUUCUUUAGAAACAGAAUUUACGAUAGCGUCUGAAGAUCAACAAGAUAAAUCACCGUCCGAACAGAAAACAACGAUAUUCAAAGACCCAGUAGAUUCAAAAAGAAAAAAAGCCAAAAGAGUAGCUGAAGAAUUACUAGCAACUGAAAAGACUUAUGUAAAUAUUUUACAUUUAAUAGAUCAAGUAUUUCAAUUUAGAGUUGAUCAAGAGAACAGAGCACAUCCAAUGUUCCCUCCUGAAACAGUUCAACACAUGUUUUCUAAUAUAAAAUCGAUUUAUAAAUUUCAUCAUGAUUUUUUGCUACCACAAUUAGAAGAGAGAAUGAAGACAUGGGAUGUAAAUCCAAAAAUUGGUGAUAUUAUGAAGAAUUUUGCACCUUUUUUAAAAAUGUAUACAGAAUAUGUAAAAAAUUUUGAUUAUGCUAUGAAUUUACUUUCUACACUUCAACAAAAAGUACCUAGAUUUGCUGCCAUUGUUAAUGAGAUUCAGAAGCUCGAAGAGUGUGCCAAACUUUCACUCUCUCAUCACAUGCUAAGUCCUAUACAGAGGCUACCUAGAUAUGAAUUAUUAUUAAAAGAUUAUUUAAAGAAUUUAACAGAAGAUAAUGUAGAUUUUGAAGACACAAAAAAGGCUUUAGAAUUAGUAUCAACAGCAGCGAAUCAUAGCAAUGAAGAGAUGAAGAAGAUAGCAAAGUUUAAAAAAUUGUUAGAAAUUCAAGAGAAUAUUUAUGAUCCAUUAGAUCUAGUCAGUGCAACGCGAGAGCUUAUUAAAGAAGGUCGUAUUGUUAAAAUCUCGGCACGAAGUGGUGAUCAUCAAGAUAGGCAUUUAUUUUUAUUUAGCGAUAUUUUAUUACUAUGCUCUAUAAGACUGAUUCCUGGACCUUUAUAUCGACUGAGAGCCAAAUUUUUGAUUGAGAAUCUCGAAGUAAUUGAAGGAGAUAACUUGGAAACAGCGAAUACCUUCUAUCUAAGAGACUCAAAUAAAAACGUAGAACUGUAUACUCAUUCAGCAUCAGAGAAAGCUGCUUGGUUAGAUGCAUUAUUUCAAACAAUGCAAGAAAUAAUGAGAAGAAAAGCAAGCUUAAAAACAGGAAACGAGAAAACCGCAUUAGUUAAAGCAGAUGAUGUAACCAAGUGCAUGGUCUGUGAGGCAAUUUUUUCCGUUAUGAAGAGGAAACAUAAUUGUAGAGCUUGUGGAAUUGUUGUAUGCAAUAAAUGUUCGAACCAAAAAUUAUUAUUCGAAGACAACAAAAAUAUGCGAGUAUGUAGACUUUGUCAUGCUGCAUUAACUCAGCCUCUAAGUAAAUCUCCAUCGCCGUCGGGGCCUGUUCCAAGUUUACUCCAAGUAUCCGCUAAUGCUCCAUGUGUCUUAUCUGGCUAUUUGCUGUUGAAAACUCAAGCAAGUAAACCUUGGACUAGACGAUGGUUUGCAUUGCAUUCAGACUUUGUACUCUAUACUUUCAAAUCAGAAUCUGAAAACUUAGCAUUGACUGCAACGCCAAUGCCGGGUUUUACAGUGAUUGAAGGUGCAGAGCUUCCAGAUGAAGAUCCAUUGAGUCAAAAGGAUAGGAAAGGAUCUUUUAAAAUUUACCACUCCCGAAAAUGCUAUUACCUUCAAGCAUCAUCUCAUGAAGAUGAAGAAAGGUGGAUCCAUACCCUGAAUUUAGCAGCAAAAGCUGAACUACCUCAACCAAUGACUCAAGAGGAUAACAAGGAAGAACAAAGUCAAUAAGUAGACAAAAAAAAA